CGGCGCCUGCGCAGAGAGUCAGGGCCGCGGUGGCUGAGCAGAGCUGAGGCUGAGACUCACUGACACUCGCGGCGGUGACCGCUCGGCCCGGACACCAUGCGCUGGUUCGGAGGAUCGAUCCCUGCGGCCAUCGGCGCCGCCAAACACGACAACGCGGUGUUUGUAGUGUUUAUAACAGAGAAUGAUGAACUGUCGACACAGAUGGCUGCAUGUUGGGAGGCAGAAGAAAUAGCAGAAGCAACUGCAGACUCUUUUGUUGCUAUAAAAAUAGAUGCUGAAAGUGAAUCAUGCCUGCAGUUUUCUCAAAUAUAUCCUGUUGUGUGCAUUCCGUCAAGCUUUUUCAUAGGAAACGAUGGAAUCCCAUUGGAAGUUAUUGCUGGGAGCAUCAGUACAGAGGAACUAUUAGCUCGGAUUCAGAAAGUUAAGCAAAUGCAUGCAGAAAGGAAUGCAGGAGGUGCCAACAAUGAAACCAAUUUAGAUCAAAUCCAGGCUACAACAUCAAAUGCAGAAGCAACAAAUGCAGAAAAAACAAAUGAAUCACACGGGGUUAUAGAAAUUGUCCAACCACGUAGUCCACCACCACCUUGUGCUAAAUUAUUCAAGAAAAGCUCAUUGAAGAAGUCAGAAGCAGAAAGUCUAGCAGUUUCUGAAGGACUUGAAGUUGGAAGUAUUGUUACUGAGAUGAGUUCUGCCGAAGAAAUCGCUUAUAUCUCAGAGAAUAUGACAGGUCAAGAGGAAGAACUUGAUAUCCGAGUUGAAAGGCUGUCAAAGAAGUUGGAAGACAAAAGAGAUGAGAAGAAGAAGACAGAAGCAAAGAUUGAAAUUAAAACUGAACUUGAGCGUAGAAAAGUGAACAAAGACAUGAUGGAUUUCAAGAGGAAACAGGAUGAGGACCGUACAAAAAGAUUGCUGGAAGAAAGAACCCGAGACAAGGAGGAAGAGCGUUUAGCACGAGAAAGAAUACGACAGCAGAUUGCCUUGGAUCGUGCAGACAGAGCUGCACGCUAUGCAAAGACCAAGGAAGAUACUGAAGUUGCAAAAAGAGCAGCUGAGAAAGUAAAGCAGGCUGAAGAAGAAGCUAAAAGAAAAGCCCUACAAAACCAAAGAAGCAAAAUGUCUAGACUCCAGUUCAGACUUCCUGAUGGAUCCUCUUUCACAAACCAGUUCCCAUCAGAUGCACAUUUAUCAGUAGCUAGGGAAUUUGCAGAAAGGCAAGUUGGUGGUGUAUAUGGAUCUUUUGAAUUGGCAACAACUUUUCCAAGGAGAGAAUUUACAAAUGAAGAUUACAACCGGACAUUAACUGAGCUGGAAUUGGUACCAAGUGCCUCAAUUAUCCUAGUUCCAGGUGGAAGAUCACCUUCAUCAGUAUUGCCAUCUUCAGGAGGAGGAUUUUGGGAUUUCAUGAAUGUGUUAUUUUACCCACUUAUUACAGUAUGGCGGCUUCUUAGCAGCUACAUAUUUGGUAGUGGUACAAUGCCAAGAUCGUCUGGCAGAGAUGUCUCUCAGCAAGAAAACUCAAGACCAUCCACUUCCAGACCAUCGACCUCCAUUGCAUCAGAUUCAGACAGGGAAGUAAGAAGACGACGGUUGCUUGAGAACCGAGGAGAGGACUUCAAGAGGGAGGGCAAGAUUUACAGACUGCGGACGGAGGGCGAUGCAGACGAUGAAAACAACACAUGGAACGGGAACUCAACUCAGCAGAUGUAGCUUAUGCCUUAUUGAUAGAAACCAGUUGUACUGUUUGCUCUUAAUUAUAUAUGUAUACUUCCAAUUAAAAAGAAAAGGGGACGGAAGAGAGGUUGCAUUUUGUACAAUUUAGCCAUAAUCUGUUAACUCCAGCUCAGUUGCAUGGUUUUUUUUUAUGAUUUUAGUAAUUCUGGAGGGGCAAUAAAUGCUACUAUGCGAAUGUGCAAAAAAAACGUUUUAGGCAAAUUCAUAAUUAUGUUUAAAACAUGUUUCUAAGUAAUUUGUGUCUAGGAUCCCAUCUUCAAGUUUAUCUUUCCUUGCCUGUAUAAGACACUAACUGAGAGCCCUGGCCACCUUCAAGGUUUGGCCACUUUUAAUUUAAAGCUGACAAUAAAAUGUUUAAAAUUUUCAACAAA